AUGUGGACCACGGCUUUGAGCCACGCCGGCGCGCGGUUGGACGUGUCGCCCUUGAUGAUGGUGGAGGAGAGCCGAUUUGACGGGUCGAUAUGCGGCGCGAUCCUCUCUUUGCACCGCCCGUCGCUGUCGUCGAACCGGUUCGCCGCCGCCAACACACUUGCGGUUUCCGUCUCUAGGCCCGGACUGGAGCCCGCGCAGAGCCCUGACGGCAGUUGCACGCCUCGACGCAGCAUCAGCACGGGGAAUUCUGGCCUCAGCUCCCCAAUUCCCCAGCCCCGCCCGCUAUCCAUCCCGGCCCUCCGCACAUCGAGCACCGGCUUUGGCAGCUCUCCCGGACCCUCCAUAUCCGGCACCCGCGUGAGCCACACGGCCACGGCGGCGGAACCAGACUUUGACCCAGAGAUUCAUGACGAUGACGCUUCGAGGCAUUCGCGCUCGCAGUCGCCGUCCCGCAGGCCGAAACCGCUACGCAACUACACCAAGAAGGAGCUCCUCGACCUUAUCGACGACUACGAUGGCGAGCAAAUUGGCCCGGUUGAUGAAUACCUCGAGUAUCUCCGCGACCCCUACCUGCGGGGAUAUGCCCAACCUUACGCCCAAAGGUUCACCUUUGCCCGCACUGCCGAGGACUUUGCAUACCCAAACCUCGAGCAGGUGAUCCACGCCGGCGAAGAGGAGCAGAAAACCCUCUGGGAGCUCCGAUUCGCCGUACUUACCCGCCUCAGGACGCCUCAAAAGGUCGACCUCGACCACAUCUUCGAGCUUUACCAGCGCCUUCCCGAGCCGCGCAUGCUCUACAUCCACGCUCGGUUCCGUCACCAGCUGCUGCGGGCCCUCGGCCAGCCUGACGAGCGCGACUUCACGUCGAUGCUGCGGUAUUUUGCCGUCAUCGCUGAUGUCAAGAACACCGGAAUCACCCUAACCACUGCGGAGUGGAAUUGCGCCAUUUCCUUUGCCACCAAAUAUGUAGGUACCGUGACAGAGACGGAAAUCGAGGCGGCCCUGAAGCUGUGGCGCGAGAUGGAGCUGGAUGCCGGCGUCAAGGCGACCAACGUGACCUUCAACAUCCUCUUCGACGUCGCCUGCAAGGCCGGUAACUUCGCGCUGGCCGAGAUGAUCUACCGGGAGAUGGAGGGGCGUGGGCACCAGUACAACCGCUACCACUACACCAGCCUGAUCCACUUCUUCGGCCUCAAGCACGAGACGAGCGGCAUGCGCGCCGCGUACAAAGAGAUGGUCAACGCGGGCGAGAUGAUCGACACGGUGGUGCUCAACGCCAUGAUCGCGGGCCUGUUGCGGUCGGGCGAGGAGGCCCCCGCCGAGCGGCUCUACGAGCGCAUGAAAGCCGCGAGCCUCGGCGACGGGGCCGCGGACGCGGACGGGAAGACCCCUGACGGCGGCGACAUCCCCGUCCGCACCGCGCCCUCCGACCGCGUCAUCACACAGGCACUCCUGAUGUUCGCCAAGAUCGGCCGGCGCCACCCUCCCUCGCGGCCUUCGCUGCAGCGGAUGGCCCCGCUCGCGCCGGACCUGCAGACCUACCGCAUCCUGGUCAACCACUACGGCGUGAAGCGCGGCGACCUGGCCAAGACGGCGGCCUACAUCGAUGAGAUGAAGUUCUUCAAGAUCCCGCUGCACCACGCCAUCUUCCUGGCGCUGUUCAAGGGCUUCGCCCUGCACGGCGGGUACCCGCGCUCCGCCUGGAGCGAGCAGCGGCUGCACGGGAUAUGGAACGCGCUGCUCGACGCCCUCGACUCGGGCGCGGCCGGGCUCGAGGUCAAGACGUGGUUGGCCGUGUGGGCGCUGCGGGCGUUUGCGCGCUGUUCCAGCAAGGAGCGUACGCUGCAUGUCUACGACGCGCUCAAGGCCCGCUGGAGCUUGAGUCACGCCGAUGAGCAGUUCAUGAUUGAUUUCCUGAAUGGGCUGGUUAAUAAAUCGCGGGGGCGGUAA